AUGUAUGUAAUCCUAACUCUUCUAUUCGUCAUGUUCAUACCUACAUCUGAAGGCCCUGCAACCGAAGAAGUGAUUAGUAUGGCUGCUAUUGGACUAAAAGUCAUCAGGAAUUCAUGUCCAAGCCAGGAUUAUUAUUGUCGACCCAUUUUUGUGAAUAUGACAGAGGUAGGUUAUUGAGACCAGGACGGUAGUUAUAUUAAACUAUACGAUUCAGUAUAAAUCUACUGCUCAGAAAAACUCUAUGGUUCAGUAUACUUAUCCUUACUUAGAAAAUUGUCUUUAAAACCCUGAUUUCAUGCCUUUCAGACCAACUUGACAUCAGAGUGUCGACGAACUUUUAUGGACCAUCCAACACUCAUACCUGAAGGAAGCAAUGCUACGUAAGUGAUAACUUCUAUAUACAAAUAGGCGCCUUUUCAUUAGUUUUAACAAAACCUUACUUUUUAAACCCUUUUUUAAAACAUUAAACUUUUUACCUAAUUUAGACUAUUCCUCAACUAUACAAAUGAACACAACCACCAUUUGAACAUCAGCUCCCUCUUAGACUGUUUCAAAAACUUGGUAGACCAGACAUACAACAUCAUCUACAUAGAUGAGCUUGAUAAACAAGAGACCGUCAAGAUAGCCAGGUCUUCCAUGAGUACAAUUGGAUUAAACGCAACAAUGCAGUAUACGACCAUAACAUUCAACAUAACGUUCCCUCGAUUCAUCGCUAACCAAACUGUCACCGUAAGUUACAUAUUUGGACUCAUAGUGUCUAAAUGAAUAAUUUUAAAUUUAUUAGGCGUAAUUUAAAGCUGUUAUUAAGAAAUUUAGCUAAAAUAUUUAAAGCAAAAUAAAAAAAAAUAAAUAACUACCUAAAUUUAGUAACUUCAGCCUGAAACAAGCUUCUACUACAAUACGAAAGCUCUAAACAUUAAUAUUACCCAACUUUAGUACCGUCGAGAAUGUUGUACAGCUAUCCAUCACGCAAAUACAUCGUUAGACCAAGAAAUUUUUACCGAACAAUGUAAAAAGGAGUGUGGAGAGUACUACAACAUCGUGUUUUAUCCAUAUUUUGAGCCGCUCACAGUCAGACGGAUGAACAAUGUCCACUUUAUGAAAGUAGACGUUCCUCAGUCGAAUUCUCUAAUACAAUUUCUGGAAAUAAAUGAGAAUAUAUACGCCAAUGUUAACAUAUCAAGCAUAGGGGACAUCACGGAAUUCAUGAGGCAUCACAAUUAUAGUAAACUCGUUCAGGAGGAGUCGAAUCAAGAAGAACCUGAGGAUCCGAAAAGAAAAAAGGUAAUUCCUAUAAGUAUUGAAUUAAAAAUUGAAAGCUAUAACAUAAAUUUCAAGCAUACCUAUAUUAAUAUAUCGAACAAAGCCUUAUUAUCUCAUCCAUACCUAUAUUACCCUAAUUGAUAUCAGAUCUCCUAUAAUACCCAAAACUUACAAUUAUAGCUUGACUUUACAGGCCUAUUCAAUGUUAUACGUUCACGCAGCAGCCAGUUUCAUUGUCACCUUCGUAUUCUGUUGGGAGAUAUUCACUUUCUACUUUUGUUGGUUCAUUUCAAGGUUUAAAAGGUUCACGAGAGUUCGAUACAGACAUCACACAUGUCCAGUGGACUACAUUUUACAUUGUAAGUCAUUUUUCUUAACUUUAUGACGAAGUUACGGUAAAAUUCAGCGCAUGCUAAUAGGUACAUCAGAUACUAAUGCGUACUUUGAACGUACCUAUUAGUAUUCGGUAAGAUCGAUCUGUAAAGAUAACUUAUAUGCUUAGAAAGAUGUAACUUAUCAAUAAAAUUAUGUUAAAAAGCUUGAAAUUACCAAUAAAUUCAUCGGAAGAUAAGAACGUUCAAAAACGAUAUUGUUAUAGACGAACCCUGGAUGAAACUUUCUUCGAAAAGUAACAGCGCUACAAGGAUCAGUAAUAUGGUAAGUUUACCAUUCUACAUUUUAUUACUCAAAAGUAACUACAAUUUUGUACCUAAAGUUCCCUACUUUUUCCCUAGAACACUUCUUUUUCAUGUGAAAUCAACCUUUUUGUUACCUAAAACUCUAUAAUAUGUAACAAGAAACUAUCAAAAAGCAAAGACAACGCUCACGCUCAUGCACAAUUUUCAGACAUCAACAUCAGAUUCCAAAGCCUUUUCACAACAAGGGUCCAGUUUGAGAGAGCCAAACCUAUCUUUGGUGCGAUCAUCACGAACAUCCAGAGCCGAGGAGCACUAA